AUGGAUGAUGGAUAUGCUGCGAUUUGUAUAUCUAUCAAGGACCAACGUCAGGAUCUACCCGAGUUCCUCAUCCAUCACUAUUACCACCUUGGUAUAAGAUAUUUCUACAUCAUGGAUGAUGGUUCAGAGCCACCAUUGUCUGAAUUGGAAGAUCUGGGGGUUCCACGGUCAGCAUUAUCAUUUACUUACCAGGAUCGUGCAACUCGAGACCCUCGCAUGCAGAUGGUCUUCUACGACAAUUGCUUACAGGAACGUGGCAAACUUCACCACUGGAUUGCAUUUUUCGAUGCAGACGAGUUUCUCGAAGUGACUUCACCAAAUCAAACGUUUCGGGAGAUCUUAGAAGAAUUCGAGAAAAUAGACCACGUGGGUGCUUUGGGAGUAAACUGGCGAAUGCACACUUCGUCAGGACUUCUCACCCGACCAGAUUCCGCUCGAAAGGCAUUCACUACCUGCAUCUACGACGACGUGGAAAAUGGCGGCGCAUCUUCGGACAACCGUCACAUCAAAUCGAUCGUUCGGCCAUCCAAAACACAGAGCCACUUCAAUCCACACAAGUUUCGAAUGAUACCUGGGGUACUAACCGUGGGAGAGGAUGGUGAUGAGAUAUUCUCGAUUGCGUGGCGGCCCAUUACUAGGCAGCGUCUAGCAUUACAUCACUAUGCUGUCAAAAGCAGAGCAGAGUACGAAGAGAAGGUGCACAGAGGAAAUGGAAUGACAGACCCAAAGGGCCAACAAUUCUGGGAUCACGUCGAGACGAUGCCUCAUGUAGACUGUCCAGAGAUGGCUGCUUAUGAUCCUUAG